AUGACCGCCUCACCAUGGAAGCUUCCUGUCGAGAUCCAGGUCCAGAUAUUUGCCUACUGCGGCAUCUCUGACUUCCUGCCGCUGAAGCUGGUCUGCAAGGCCUUUUACGAGCUGCUCCUCGUCCAUGAGCACUCGAUCGUCCGCGAGUACAUGCGCCUUCGUCGUCACGGAACCCUUCCCUCCCCCAUUGACUCGGAACGAACAUACACGCGCAACCCGGAAGAUGAUGUCGUGCUCCUUUCCGAUCUGUUCCCUCCUGCGAAGAGCGCCAAGGGCGGCCACCUCUACACCUUCAAAUACGUGCAUGGCUUGCGUCGGCGGCAAAACCUCUGCUCUAGGCUGUGUUAUUACCUCGCAGAUCGUGUCAUGGACCGCUUCGUGCAGUGUGAACCGGCUUUUGUCCGCGCUUCAUUCCCGUCACGGAAUGAGCGCAAUGCUCUUGUCCGGCGAGGGAAAGUCAGCGUGUCGUUUAACCUGACACCUCUAAUGUGA